UUUAAAGCGUGAUGCCAACUUAAAUGUAUUUUUUCGAGCAUUAAAAGGGGACUAUUGCAGAGUGUUCCAUUACUCCAUCAGUUUGGUUUCUGAGAAAAUGGAAGAAACUUCUUGAGUCUGUCAUCUUCUACAUUGUCGCUUCAGCUUCCGAACGAUGACAAGCUGUCUUCAGUGUUGAGUAGAAUUUAAGUUUUCUCGAAUUCGUUUAAAUUUUAAGAUUAUUGCUAGUUUCUUUGUUUUCUCCCGUUUCCUCAGUGUCCGUUUUCAGAUUCUUCACCUGUUCUCUCCGCGUUCCGCGAAGGCAUUAUGAAAUCAAGCAAUAGAAGGAGUUUUGAAAGGAUACUUUAGAGAUACGCCUAACUCUGGGUUUCUUGUUUGGUCUCGGAUCUUACAUUUGAAUCAUGACUGGUAACUUAAUUCUGGCCAAUAUGACGGUGGCUCAAACUUAUGGUUCACUCAUUUGUGGAAUUCCUGGAAAAAAAUGUGAAACAAGAGCAAUAAAGAAUGACAGGGAAGUGUCUAUAGAAACCUUCAUUCAAGUUCGUCAUUACCGGUAUCUUACAGCUUGUGACGGAAGAGGGUUGAGAUCCAAAUAUGGUGGUAAGAGUUGGAGGUUGACCUGUAAUCAACAUAGUCUGGAUCAUGGAUUCUUCCGUUCUAACAAGGAUGAGAGGUUGGCUUCUAAAAGAAGAUGUUCAAGCGAGGGAAUCUUGGAAGUCAGUGGGACUUCUACUAGUGAAUCACGUCCUCUAAUUGAGCUUAUAAAGCUUUCUGUACCUGCAAUUGCUGGACAAGCAAUUGAGCCUCUAGCACAAUUGAUGGAAACAGCUUAUAUUGGAAGAUUGGGUCCCUUGGAGUUGGCAUCAGCGGGUGUUGCCAUAUCAAUUUUCAACAUUAUAUCCAAGGUAUUCAACAUUCCUCUCCUCAGCAUUGCAACUUCAUUUGUGGCUGAAGAUGUCUCGAGGAAUGCAAGCAAGGAAUCUACUUCAGAGGUAAAGAAACUACUGCCGUCGGUCUCUACAGCAUUAGUUUUAGCGGUUGGAAUUGGUGUUUUCGAGGCUGCAGCAUUGUAUUUGGGAUCUGGACUCUUUCUCAACACAAUGGGCAUAUCAUCAGAAUCAUCUAUGCGCAUUCCAGCAGAACAUUUUCUUUCCCUUAGAGCAAUUGGCACUCCUGCAGUUGUAGUUUCUAUGGUCAUUCAAGGCAUCUUUCGUGGGUUCAAGGAUACAAAGACCCCUGUUUUUUGUCUAGGAAUUGGCAAUUUAUCAGCUAUAUUUUUCUUUCCUAUACUUAUAUAUUAUUUUCGCUUGGGUGUAGCUGGUGCAGCCAUUUCCACUGUUGCAUCUCAAUACAUUGUCACCUUUUUGAUGAUCUGGUAUCUUAAUAAGAGGACUGUGUUAAGGAUUCCCAACCUGAAAAACUUGCAUUUGGGUGGCUAUUUGAGAUCUGGUGGUUUUCUUCUUGGGAGAACUCUAGCUUCUGUUAUGACCAUAACUUUCAGCACAUCAAUGGCUGCUCGUCAAGGCCCAUUAGCCAUGGCUGCUCACCAGAUAUGCUUGCAAGUGUGGCUAUCUGUAUCUCUCCUUGCAGAUGCCCUUGCUGGAUCUGCUCAGGCUCUUAUUGCAAGUUCUUUUGCCAAAAAGGACUAUAGCGCAGUUAAAGAAAUGACUUAUUCUGCUUUAAAGACAGGAUUAUUCACUGGCAUUUCUCUAGCUGCCAUUCUGGGUGUGUCUUUUGGUUCUCUGGCGACCUUAUUUACUAAAGAUGCAGAAGUACUAGAUAUUGUUAGAUCUGGGUUACUGUUUGUUAGUGCCAGUCAACCUGUCAAUGCUCUUGCUUAUGUCUUUGAUGGUCUCCAUUAUGGUGUUUCAGACUUCUUAUAUGCAGCUGGCUCUAUGAUGGUGGUGGGAGCGAUUUCUUCUGCAUUUCUGUUUUAUGCUACUUCUAUCAUUGGCCUCUCAGGAGUGUGGUUGGGUUUGACUCUUUUCAUGGGCUUGCGCAUUGUGGCUGGAUAUUUGAGAUUAUUGUCUAAAAAUGGUCCAUGGUGGUUCUUGCAUGCUGAUGUCUGGAAAACAGAGUAACCACCAGGAUAUCGUUGUGGGACUUCACCUGUGUAUGAGCCAAUAAGGAGGCACUUUUGUCUGGUCAAAUCUACCCCAAUUUAGUCUUCGUCUGAUACGCAUGUAUAAGUACAGAGAUAAUAUUGUAUCAACACAAAGCGACAUUUUCUUUAUACAAUUCGUUUGUCUCUCUCUUGUCCCAUCA